AUGUUCAUUAAACGUUAUUAUUCAAAAUUAUUUCGUCGUCGAUCUCGUCGAUCGAUAUUAUUAAAACUAAUCCUUAUUACUUUUUGUUUUGGUGCAUUUAUACAAAUAAAUUAUAACGCACUCUAUUUAUUAUCUCAGAAUACUUAUGGUAACUUAACAUUAUGUACAAAUACAACACGUAAUAAAACAAUCUUAAAUUGUUCAGGUGAUCCAUUAAAACAAUGGUGUAAAAAUGAAAUCAAUUUAUGUCAUUCAUCCUUAUCAAUUUAUAAUAAAUUAUUUUUUGUAACACAUUCAGUUAUUUUACAAACAAAAUUUGCUCAAGGUAAACGUUUAGGUGGUGAAGAUAUACAAACUGUUUUAAAUCAAGCUGAAAGAGAUGAAUAUUUUCAGUUUAAUAAAGAAUUUCUUAAGCUUCCCUGUGAUAUUUCAAUACCGAAAGAUUUAUCUUUGGCAAAUCAUUUAUCUAGCGUAUUAUCUUCAAUAACACCCUACAGAACAUGUAUGGAUGUCCAUUUACGAAUUAAUGAAACAACUAUUGCUGUUAAUCGACAAGAUUAUGUUAAUAUUUAUCAUACUAUGACAGAUCUUUAUACAGUUUAUCUUUUAUGUCGUUUUUUUCAACGAGAUCCAAAAUCUGUUCGAAUUCUUUUUGUUGAUGCUCAUCCCAAAGGAAAUUUAGAUAUAUUUUGGUCAAAAUUAUUUCAUUCCUAUACUCGUUUAGGACAAUUAAAAAAAUAUCCAACAAUUUUUUAUCAAGAAUUAAUUUGGUCUCAACCACAAUUAAAUUCUGAAAUCGAUCUACAACGAGACAGACGACAAGCACCAAGUUUUUUUUUUGAUUUUCGUGAUCAUAUUUUAAAACAAUUUAAUGUGCCUUUUGAAUAUAAAAAACCAAUAGAUUGUAAUUCAUUACAAAUAUUUCUAUUAUGUCGACGUAAUUAUGUUGCACAUCCAAGAAAUCCAACAGGAAAAAUUACACGACAAUUACAAAAUGAAAAACAAAUUAUUAAUGAUUUAACCAAAGUAUUUUCAAAUAAUUCAAAAAUUAAUUUUACUUACAAUUAUUAUGAAAAUUUAACUAUGGAAGAACAAUUAAAAAUUACGACUCAAAAAGAUAUAUUUAUUGGUAUGCAUGGUGCUGGUCUAACACAUGUUUUAUUUUUAAAAACAAAUCGUACACUUAUUGAAUUAACUACUGCACAAUGGCAAUCACAAAUUCACUAUGAAUUAUGGGCAUCGAUGAAUCAUGUUCAUCAUCAUUUCUGUUCAAGUAAAGAUGGAUCAGCAGCAUCGGCACAGACCAUAUUGAAUUGUAUAAAUUUAAAAAUUUCUCAAAUGUGUCCUUCAAUGACGGUGAAUUCAUUACAUAGUAAUCAAACUAUUAAAUUGACUCCAACAGUCUCGAAAAAUAUUUCGAAUAGUACUAUACAUAUAUAA